AUGGAGGUGACAGCUAUUUCAAGUGGCGAGCACACAGCUACCCUAACUCCAGAUGACGAGGCCGACCUUGACUUCCAGUCGGGCGGAUACGAGCCGCCGUCCGACUACAUGGUGUCGUGGGGCUAUGUUGAGCCAGAGCCGUCCAAGCUGCGUGCAAAGCUCUCGCCGUGGGUGUCAGCACACAGCGAGGCCGCUUCAGAGCUCGGCUCCGAGGCAAAGGACGCAUACGACCUGGGGCCGACAGAAUUGGGAGCCUACGCGGCACAGCUGUCCGACUUUGUAUCGUCGGCGACCUUCCCCUUCGAUCUGGAGCACGACCUGCGCGCAGGCAUCGGGCGCUAUCUCGGCGAAGCUGGACGGACAUCCCUGCCAAAGCAGGCGUACGACGUGAAUGAGACGGUAUGGCAGACGGACCGCGAAGGCGAGACGGCCAAGACAUUUGCGGUCCAGACCUGGCGCGAUCACCACUGCCCCGACGAGGGUUGGGCGUACCACUCUCUCACAAACGCGGGCGCCGAUGCCUGGGUGUCAUCGACCUUUCCUACCGGCCGUAUCCGGUAUCUCUGGGACAACCUGCGAGUCGGUAUCCUCAAAGCCGACGUGCUCCGCUACCUACUCCUCCUGGUGCACGGCGGCGUGUACAGCGACACAGACACGGAGUGCCUGAAGCCGAUGGCGGACUGGGGCCGCGGCGCCGAGGUCUGGAAACCGGAGCUGUGGGCGAGCGAGGGCGAGCUCCGCCGCCUGCGGGCGGGCGAGGACGCAGGCAAGGUGCUCGGCCGGGCGAGCGUCAUUGUCGGCGUCGAGGUCGACGUACACAACCGCCACGACUGGCACAACUGGUGGCCGCGCCCGCUGCAGAUUGUGCAGUGGACCAUGGCGUCUGCGCCGCACCACCCCAUCACCCUCAGCGCUCUCUUGCGAAUUGUGCACCGCACAGCAAGUGCCGCCGAAUGGGCUCAGGACCAUUGGCGCGACAUUCAAUUCGCACUGCACAACAAUGACACGGGUCGUGCAAUCGAAAUGAUGAAGACAACGGCACUGUCGGAGCCAUCGGCCGGGGGACCCGUGGGCAUCAUGGACUGGACCGGCCCGGGCAUCUGGACGGAUGCCGUGCUGCAGUACCUCGCGGCUCGGUACGGGUGCCAGUGGACCGACCUCCGGGGGCUCGACAAGCCUCUCCGCGUUGGAGACGUGAUUGUGCUACCAGUCACUGGAUUCUCGCCCGAGGUGGGACAGUUUGGCAGCCAGUCGAGGGACGAUCCUCAGGCCAUGGUAUGGCACUACUUCCGGGGCAGCUGGAAGGCGGACAGCGGCGGCAUGCGCGAGGUCGAGGAGCAUGUGAGGGCGUAG